AUGGAUGAGGUUGUAAAUCUAAGCGUGGGAGCCGUCAUGGCCGUGCUAGCAAUCGUGGCCGUCGUGGCGCGCUUUUACGCGCGCCAUUCCAGGAAAGCCAAGUUGCAAUGGGACGACUGGCUCAUCGUGGUGUCGCUGGUUGCCAUGAUUGCGACGGACAUUCUGGCUAUAUGCGCCAUCACCGGCAAUCCUACGGGCCCUGAAACGGCCACCGUCGUGACUGAUACGCACGAGUACGCCCCCGAGGACGUCUUGUACACCAAGCUGAGCUGGGCUACAACGGUCAUAUAUUUUGCCAUAACGUCGACCACAAAGCUCUCCAUCCUGCUCAUGUAUAAUCGGCUCUUCUCAGUGGACGAGCGGUUCCGCCGAAUCGUCAUGAUACUCUCUGUGCUCGUGGUAGGCUUCUGGGUAGGAUGCACAGUCGCCGACUUGACCAACUGCGUUCCCAUGGAAUACGUAUGGAUCAACAGCCUGUCCGACCCGCGGUACUGCUUCAACUUCAACAUCUACUGGUUCGCCAGCGGCGUCUGCGAGGCCCUGAUUGAUACUCUGAUCUUGCUGUUGCCCAUCAAGGUCGUUCUCGGACUGCAGCUCGGCCUGAAGCAAAAGGUUGCUGUGGGGUCAGUGUUCCUCCUAGGUGCAUUCGUCAUCGUAUCCGGCUUGCUCAAGACUAGCUUCGGAUAUAUCCCAGGAAGCCGCCAGCCUUCUUUUUCCAGGACGCAGCUGUGGACAUCGGUGCACUGUGGCACGGGCAUCAUCUGCGCCUGUCUUCCCAUUUGCUGGCCGCUAUUCGGGCGCCUGUGGAAAUUGCACCUACCGUCAUGGCCGGGUGCUUUGCAGAUCCGGGAGUAUUGGUACAGGCUCAGGGGCGAGCACUCGGCAGAGAAGUCGAGGAAGCCUUCGGGGGCGAGUGAUGGGGAGUUCCAGCUGUCCAACAACUUUACCAGCCGGGGGUUUACGGUGUCGUUUGGUGGCAUUCACGAGGAGCAAGUAUACCGUGAAGACUACUCGACAGUGUCUCACGUUCCACAUCGCAAACACUCUGUGUCUGCCGUGUGA